UCACAAAAUUCUUUUAAAAAUUCGUUUACACUUUUUGGCUUACUCAUUCCUGAAAAACAAACAAUCGUAAAUGGGCUCUGCUUUGGAAAUCAAACUAUCGCUCCAAGUAUUGGCCAUAAAAUUCGGUUUGAACUAUCAAACAAUUUAAGCCCGUCGAUUCCUACAUCUAUUAAUAUUUCCGAUACUGAUUCUAAGAAGCUAAAAGAACUUGAUUUAAAAUGUGUUUGAAUACCUAAAUAAACGAAUUCACCUCCCGGAAUUGAUUUUAUUUGAACUUUCUCUCCACAUGUUCCUAAAAGCGCUUUAGCUGACAUAGGUAUAUCUUUAAUACCUAUUUUAAUCAAGGUUUGCAGCAAAUCGCUUAGGGCGUUUUGGGGUAUAUUAUUUCUUAUGGCCCAAGCUUUUAGUUCACUACAUUUAUCACUAUUAACUGAUCGGGAGUCAUUUGUAUCAUUUACGAAUUCUUCUGAAGUGUCACUACUAGUUUCGUCCUGAAAAUCUAAACUAUUCGCCACUUCAUCAGAAACAAGUGGGCGCGUUUCCUCACAAUUGAUCACAAGAACAUGAGGGAGCACUAGAGGAAAUGUUUAGCGAGCGUUUGAUAAAUGAGUAUUUCCUGGGAAUCAUGCCCCACAAAAUGCAUUCGGUGGGAAUCCAUUCGGCGAUGGCAAUAAAACGUCAACGAAAACGACGUGAUGAACAGAAACGUGCGCGAGAAAGACGCUACAGUACGCAGAGUUCGGAGAGUGCUGAAACGUUCCAUUCACCAAGUGGUUCAUUUCGCCGUAAGUUUCACCAUGCACAUAGCGUUGCUAAACCUGGACCAGGCAUGCUUGAUAGUCAGGUUGUCACAAGCAUCGGAAUGCUUCACAUUGGUAUUGUAUUCAUAGUAUUUGGAGUAUUCUUAUGCGGUGCUGGCAUUAUACCCGACGAAACAAUGUCUUGGAAUGUGUUCAGUAAGUAUGAGCUGUUUUGGUUUUCAAUUUGGCUGCUAUCAAUAUCAAGCGCACGUCUUCUUUUGGAUUAGGGCUAUAACUGCUUAAGUGGUUUUGGUGGAGUUUAUCAUAGAACGCCUCUCGUUUUCCAUUAUCGUUAGCUGCCGCCAAUUAGAAACACCGAUUGAAUCUCCAGAGGAGGCUUUACUCUUCCUCUGCUACCACCAGCGUGAUUCGCGCUAUAUACUUUCAGAGAUGGUGCGUUUUUUUACUCGUACGACACGGCCGAGCCAUCGGGACCCUGUAAUUUAAUCUGUUGCACUGUGUGUAAAUCGCUCUGAGGCUCAUCAAUGGUAAUGCUGACUCCUUCUUCGAAAUUAUAGCUGUCAACGGUGACGUGUGUGUCGCGACGCUUUACUGCCAUCCUUAACCCUUUCGACCCGGAACUCUACUAUCAAUGGUAGCUUUCAAUUUAUGGGUCCAAUAUGUUAUUUGCCCCACAAAUACAUGUUCUUCGGUGUCAAAGUGGGCGUGGCCUAAGGGGCUGAUUCGGAGGGUGGUGGUAAACCAUUGUACCAUCCGGGAUGUUAAGUGGUACAUAUCUGUACCAACCGUCCUCUAGGACAUUCUUACAAAUGUUUUAUCUUUUUUAGAACCAAACAAAACGAUUCAUUAAUUUUGCAUUUGAAUAAUGCACAAAUUUAGUAAUAAUAAACAGUCGAAGAAUUAACAAUAAAUUGCUAAGGAAUUCCUAAAAUAUAAUGAAAUGGUGCAAAACAGAAUUUGCACAAAGGAACUUUGCACUCUUGGCAGAUUAUCUUUGUUCGAGUUUGCUUUUAUGCAACGUUGUUCUGUGGUGCUUUGAAUAGAAAUAUGUAUCUGACUCACGACACGACGUGCUAGGCCGGGUGCUACUGACCUGCGUAAGGCUGUAGUUUUAGAACUUUGUUCUAUCAGAGUUUCGGCCAAGGUCACCAAAAAUGAUUUGAAAGGCAUUUUAUUCCUCCUUAGCUAACUGUAAAUAACCCACGCGCUUACGACUGCCAUCACUAUAAAACGGUAAAAGACCUUGUUCCACUAUUUUUCUGAUUUUCGAUCAUAUUCGUGCAGGCCACUCAUUUGAUUUACUAAAUCAACACCUCCCAUAAUUUGACGAUAAAAUAGUAUUUAGUUUGGACAUGGCACUUGCAUUUUUUGCCU